GCAAACAUAAAGCAAGUGACGUAAUCAAAAAUUAUGACCUCAUAUGUGAAACAACAAAUCUCCAAUCAAACCAUGCAUGAUCACUUGGUUCACUUGAUAGCUAUUGAUGGAAGUCAUUUUAGAGUGUUUCCAUUAAUAAAUUUAAGUUCAAGUAAAGCAAUGAAACAAUAUCCGAAAAGGACAUUAAUCAGCCAUUUAAAUAAUGAGUAUGGAUUGAAAUUAUUUUGUUACUCUAUCUUUUGGAUGCUUUCUGAUGAAUUUUAGAGACAUCAAAGAGGAAGAUCAAAGGGAAACUUAGAUAUUGCCAAUUCUAAACAUUUGAUGUGAAUUUUCUCGAUUAUGAAACCAUAAUGACGUCAUAUUGUCAAAAGAGAAUAGUCAAAUGCUGUUCCAGGGGCGUUCUUUGAAGAAUUUUGUAGACUUUAGAUAGCGCAAUUCUAAAAACGCACCUGAAAUUGGACAAUUCGCUGGGAAUCAGCCAGAUUUGCAAUAACCAUGGUCAAAAUGCCCCAUAUCAAAUGUGUUCAGGUUUCUUCCAGAAAUUCCCUUUGUUCAAUAGUUACUGAGAAUCGGUACCAAACUAGCAUGCUCACAGAGCGGGAGGCUUUACAUUCAGAAUGAGCGUAGUGGUGCAAAGAAAAGAGCAAAGACAGUAGUAACAGUUGCGUAACUGAGCUGGCCUUAUUUGGAUGGUAAUUUUUUUUCUUCCUGUCUGGAUCGGGUGCCUGGAGAAUUUUGUAUUGAUCAAGUCAUAUUGGAAUUAUUUUCACAAAAAGAUGAACAAAGUUGAAGAAGAAGAAGUUGAAAGUAGUAAAUUCCGUUAUCUUGUUUGCGGAUUUGCUUUUUUGAUUCAGUUUACAGGAUAUGGCUUCAACCGUACAUUUGGGACCAUUUAUGUAUCAAUGCAGAAAGAAUUUGACGCGAGCAAUGCUUCGAUAGCACUAGCGGGUUCAUUACCGGCAUCUUUGCUGUUCAUGUUAUCAACUGUCGCAGUCGUUAUUUUGGAUCGGAUAGGCUUUCGCCUUUCAAUGCUACUUGGAGGCAUAUUGAUAGGCGUCGCCCUACUGGUGUCAUCACUCACUUCAAACAUCCUCAUCAUCUACUUGACGCUUGGAGUUGUUUACGCAUUUGGUCAGAGUUUGUGUUAUUACGGGUCUUUGCUAAUUUUGCCAUUGUACUUCAAGAAGACACUGCCACUCGCCCAUAGUAUAGCCAUAUCUGGGAACAGUGUUGGUGGCUUAGCUUUGGCGCCUGUCGUUGGUUUCGUCUUGAAACAGUAUGGCUUCAGUGGAGGAAUGCGGCUGUGCAGCGCCAUUGCCUUGUUCAUUAUUGCAAUGUCGGUGGUAUUUAAGAGGCCUGGGGAGAGCUUUUGGUUCAACGGAUUGAUUUGUGAAGAGAAUGAAAGGCGAAGCGACAGUGAAUCUAAACCUGAGAACCUACCUCUGCAUAAGAACAAAGCAUUUAUGAUUUAUGUUGUGUCGAUCAUGUAUUGCAAAUUUGGAGUUUACAUAAACUAUGUGCAUAUAGUACGUUUGGCUCUUGACCGGGCAGUGCCUUACACUGAAGCUACAUUCUUACCAGGCCUAACUUCAAUCGCACAGUUCCUUGGCAAAAUAGCUUUUGGCAAGCUGUCAGCCAUGAAAGUGGCAAGCAAUUUGGCUUUGUGUCAGAUUUCGACCGCUUUUAUGGGAGUAUUAAUGUUUUUCCCAUUUCUAAAAGGGUUUACUGGCCUAGCCAUAAUCUCUUUUGCUUUUGGAUUAUCUCAAGGAUUGCAUAAUGCAUCAAACCUUAUUAUUGUCAAAGAAAUUGUAGAAACACAGCAAUUUAAAAGAGGAUACAAUAUCAGUCAAUUCUUUAUAGGGAUCGCUACCUUUUGUGGCCCCCCAGUUGCAGGUUAUUUGUAUACACUCACUGGCAACUAUAUACUUGCUUUUCUCAUUGCUGGAGGAUGUGCUGUUAUGGGAAUGCUUCUGAUGUUCUUUGUGCGAUAUUUUCAUGCUCUAAACAAAGAGGAAAAUGAGCUUCUCCUCAAACAGUAGAAGUUUAAAGUCAACGUAAUUGAUAAGAAUCUUUCAAUAAAACGUAAGUUACUUGGUAUGAAAGGUGCUGCUUUAAACCCUAUUAUAUGCAAACAAGCUUCAACGUAAUGAAGAAGAGAGUUGGUUGUCUUGAUCUUAAUUAGAAAUAGUUUUACAUUUCCUCUUUUUAAAAAAUAGCGAGAAUUCAACCAAGCUCUGAUUGCAAUUUUCAAAUUGAAUUCAAUUAACAAUCAAUAUGCUUGUAGAUUUUGUGGUAGCAAUAUUCGUUGCCGCUUUGAGAACUUAAUAGAAAAUGAAAACACUCCCAAAAAUCUUACCAUCAUAAAGAAUUUGAAUUGAACCCACGUUCUCACAGGACCGCAUUUACGUCUGUUGGAGCCCUGGGCUCAAAAAUGAUUGGGGUCCCUUAAAAUAUACCAAAUAAUUCGUGUCACGUGCACAGUACUUGGCUAAACAUAAUCAAACAUAAUCAGCCAAAUUUAUGACACCAAUAGACUUGUAUCCAUUGCGCAUUUCAGGACAUUCCCAUAAAAAACUACCCAACUGCUGGAAACUUUCCGAUGAUUUUAUUGGCGUUUAAAACUCCCAGAACAUCAACAUCUGCUGUCAUUUAAAGAUUGUUUAAUGAUUAAACAUAAGGAAACAGCGCGCUACUGUGACAUUGUUGACCCUAGUUCACACUCUUUUUAAUUACCCUUUUCAGCAUAGUGAAACAUUUUUCACCGGAGAAACCACCGUAUGGCAAAUUGAGCAACAAACUAAAUGCUGUCAUUGCAUUGGGGAAAGCUCCUAUGAGGACAAGCGAAACUUUCAAAAGCCUUGUGGUAAAAACAAAAAUGAGGCCCCUUGCGAGCGGAGCGAGCUAAAAAUUCUUGUGACCACGCCCUUUAUUCCAUUCUUUAAACGGAAUUCAUUACUUUACAAGGCCUUCUAGCCCCAUUCAAACACAAGAUUGAAAUCAAGAGCACAUUAAAGGUUUUUAAAAUUUUGCACAGGGCCCCCUAAAUCAAAGAAUCCGGGCCAGAGGUCAGUGGGCCCAUGGGUAAAUGCGUCACUGCGUUCUCAAACAUAAAACAAAUGUUUGUUAUCUUUCAAACGGGUAUAGUUUGUUAUUUAUAGUUUUUUUGUGAAUAAGUCAAAAUUAAUAAAUACACCAGUGCAAUAUUACUCCGGUCAUAUGUGUUUUUUUUCAAACUAGGACCUGGCCAAACCUUUUCAUGCAAAAAACAGCCUGUAGAUUAAGAUCAAGGACAAGCAAGCAAGGGCCCGGUACGGUGCAUGGUCUGGAAGACAGGCAUAAUUCCCUUUCCAGAAAAAGACAUAGCAGGAUUGUCGGGGAGACGAUCUUUUAAAGUUAGUGUGGGGCUACCUUCUGCCCAGGCGUCAAAACGUAACAAAAUCUCUUUCCAUGCGCAUGCUCGUUGGUUCCAGGACAGAGGGUUGCCUCACUCAUCAAAAUGUUUUCUUCUACUUGUCUCCCCAAUAAACAGGGGGAUUGUAUGUGAGGAAGUGUGGCAAGCCUCAAGAGUUGUUUAAUCGGCGGAUUCGCCAUUUUGGUACUUAUUCGGCAAACUUGCUGGUGGCAUAAAUUAAAACAUUAAUGUUAGUUGAUGGUAUAUUUGAUUGUUUUCAUCUUCAUUUCGAUUUUUUCAUGCAAACACGGCAUCUUGAUAUUUCAAAUGUUGAUUGGCAAGCUGUCAGCAACGAGAACCAAACUCUACAUUGCAAGUUUUCAAGGCUAGUGGCGCAAAUUGCGAGAAUGCCAGCAACAAAAUCGAAUAAAACCAUCAAAAAGCGUUCCUCCUGCUGAUAUAAAAGUAUAGUUGUAUUAACUUCGUUAAAAUUGCUUCAAUGAGUGCAUUUUUGAGUAGCAUCAAAUUUUUGAAAAUUUUCUCACCUUCUGCGGCAACCAUUCCUCGCCUCAGGUAGUCACUUUCCAGUGCUUGUUUACUGCACGUAUCACAAUAGUCUGCAUGUUAGCUAACUUAACCUAACCUACCUAAGUACAAAUGUUUCCUAAUUUGUUAAAUGAUUAAAUGAAGAAAGCUUUGAGAUAUCAAGGAAAGUUUCUUAAAGAAAAGCCUAUCCAAAUACCUUUUAACUACUGGCCUUGCACUCCUGUGUCUUUACUAUUUCAUCGCUGAGAUCAUUAUGUUUUCAAAUUAAAGCAAACUAUCAUUUAUUAUUUAUUAGUCAGAUAUUGUGCUUCAAGGUAUUUUAUUUCUGAGAUAAUCAAUGGUCGUACAGUUAUCAACAUUAGGACUACCGAACUACUCAUGCCAAACUUACAAAAUAAUGUCAAAAUUGUAACAGGGAUAUCUCCAUUUGACUUUCAACACUCUCAUACUCAACCGAACAUUGUAGGAGACAAGUAAUGAAAGACCCGCCAAUUUAGUUUCAAAAAUAGCUUGGUAUCUAGAAUUAUGCCAAUAAUAAAGAAGCUUAAAGCCACAGAUGGCUUGAGUACACUGUUUUAUUUACAAAGAAAUGCUGUUGCUAUUAGAAUAUUAAAAUAUUAGAAUAUCACACAAAAUGGUUUUUCAAAAUUACAAAGGCGAGAUCCGAUCAGAAUUGGCAUUUCUUUGUGAAGUUAGUGAGAGAUUUAUAAACCUAGUGAUUGGAAAUGUAUUUUGCGGGUUAUGAACAAUGAUUAAGCUUGAUGUAGCAAAUUGUGUUACUUGCAAAUUGUUACUAGAAACCUGAAAUAUGGAUUUCGGGCAAACAGCAACAUUAUUUUGCCAUGUGCAAGAACAACAACAUAUGGCACGGAGACCAUUAUAUUAAUUGGCUAAAAAAUAUGGCAAUAAUAUCUACUGAAAUCAAAGAGUCCCAAUCACUGCAGAUCAUUCAACCAAACAUAUAAUUUUUAAAAGACUUCGAGUGUAGUUGUGGAUUGUGCAAAGCAAAUACUGUACAUUUAAGCAUUUUAUAUAUAAUUACUUUUUAUAAAUUAUCACUUUUAUUGAAAAUAGUUAGCUUGAGUUAACUUAAUGCCAGAUAGAUGA